ACGAUCGCGCGUUUCCUUGGUAAUGAUUCUGUUCAGAAUCAGCGAGGUGUUCGAACGGUUUUAAAGAGAUAAAUCGAACGGGAUAGACAGAAAAAGAGAGGAAAAAACCGAAAAUCAUGGGCUCCCUGCCAAAUCUACACGAGUUGUCCAAGGAUAAACUCGAAAGUCCUGCUCACAGACCAGCCCCAAUCGGUGGUUUAGGACCCAUACAACUGCCAGCUCAACCUCCACCGUUAGCACACACUCAUAGACGCGCUAGGAGCAGUGGCCAUCAUCAUGCUUUGUGGGACAAUGACGCCAUGUUGGAGCACAUGGCAGCAUAUUCUCCUAUUUCCUGUCGUUCGACAAGAACGUCCGCGUUAUCAUGCCGCCGACGAGACUCGAUGAACUCCUCGGCAGGAGCGUCGUCCGUUCAUCGGCUGAUUGCCGCCGUAAGAGCAGCUCCUUCUGGUCCUAGACCGCCAAAGAAGGCGAUUCUGAGGCAUUGCACUGCACUCUUUUUGGGACACGCGAGCUGUUCAGCCGCCACGCUGCCGAUAUUCCCGUUACAGGCUGGCCUUGGUAGCUUCAAUCCUCAGCUAGGACCGAUGUUACUCGCUCUCCUCUAUGCAACCGCGACGAUCACCACUUGCUUCGCACCAAUUCUCGUGCAGAGAUUUGGAUCGAAUCUCGCGAUAAGCACAAGUCACAUGGCCACCACCGUUUUCGUCGGGUUACAUCUGUAUCCGAAAUGGUAUAUAUUAUUACCUAGUUACGCGAUGCUAGGCGCUUGUGUGAGUCCAAAUUUCAUAGCAAGAGUUUCGCAGGUGAAUGCUUCAGCGUCGAGUUUAGCUCUGGUAUGUGUUGACCCUGAAGAUCCUGAUGAAACAAGACGGGAGUGCCUUCUGAGAAGACUUAAUCGAGGAAUCAAAUUAGCAGAAGAUAUAGGUCUCGCAUUGGGUUGUUUAAUCGCUGCCAUACUUGUAAAAUUAACAGAUUCAGUACCUCUUAAUACAAUAAACAGUGACGGAAAUGACAUUUGCGGAGCAGAGUACUGUCCAGAGGAAAUGUAUCUUUCUAAUGGCACAAUUAGUUUACCUACGUUAUCAUCUGGCACAUCAAAAGUGUUAGUCAGUAUAUGGCUAGGUCUUGCUCUCCUAGGCUUAAGUAUAUCGUGCGCUUUCCUCGACCCUAGAAUGAAGGAACCACAAAGUGUAAAUGAAAAGCACAGCACACAAAAUAUACUCGCAUCCAUCAAAGCCGCGUUUCUGGAUCCUAAAUUACAAUUGGCUGCACCAUUAACACUUUUUAUUGGACUUGAACAGGGUUUCAUCUAUGCAGAUUUUAUAGAAGCAUAUGUAGUCUGUGCCCUGGGAGGAGCUGGUACAGUAACUCUAAGUUUUUUAAGUUUAGCAUCUUUACAAGCCCUUGCUGGUGUAACCUUAUCAAUGUUGCUAAGACACAUUAAAAGAUAUUUGGUUGUAGUUGUAGGAUUUGUAUUCCAUGCGUGUUUAUUGCUGGUCUUGAUCACCUGGAGACCAUCUGGUGAUGAUCCAGCACUUUUUCAUGUUGUAUCUGCUGCCUGGGGAGUUUGCAAUUCCAUAUGGGAAACUCUAAUAUAUACACUAGUACUGGGUUUGUAUCCAAACUCUUGGCAAGGACCUUUAUCAACAUCUCUUUUCUGGAGAUGGCUUGGUCUUGCCCUUACUCUUGGUUUACAUGGACUGGUCUGUACACGAUUUCGAGUACUUGGCCUUGCCUGUGUACUACUUCUCUCAGUGGUUCCUUACAUAUGGUUAGAAAUUAGACUAGCUAAAAGAGGAAAAAGUUUAGCACCAUUGUGACUGGGAGAUCCGGCUACAAUUGACCAUGG